CCGUAGAAACAUGACUUAAUCUGAGAUUUAUUACGUCAAGAAAUCUUCUUUCUCUUCUUCUAAAAUUCACUUUAGUUGUAGUUAGGAUUUUACCAGACUUAUACAAACAAUGAAAACGGUUAUUGUAACAUUGCAAAUUUUCUUUUUAAUGACUCUCGCGUUUUUUGCAAGAGCUAGUGAAGAUAAACAAAUAUAUGAAUUUACGCGAAAUGUGAGUUUGUCGUUUCCGGGGAAACGAUUAGUCGGGCAUGUUUUUGAGGAAUUUUCAACCAAGAAACAGGUUAUUCAUUGUGCGUACGAGUGUCUGAAGUCCAGUCGUUGCCACUCGUUCAAUUACAAGCGUGAGUUUCUCGUGUGCCAGCUUAACGAUGGCGAUCACUUGGAAUUUAACGGUAGUUUGGUGACGGAAGUGAACGGCACGAGCUACGAGUACCACCACCGAGAGGCCUUUGGUCUUGAAAAGGAAGCUCUUGGUCCAUGUGCUGAAGACCCGUGUGAAAAUGGCGGCCGUUGCUUGGAUACCGUAAACUGGAAAAUGGAACGUACAUACUUCUGUAUUUGUACGGACGAGUGGAUGGGCUACAAUUGUGAGACACAAAAGAACCGUAUCGACUGGGAUGACUGGGAAGAAUGGGGCACCUGUUCGGUCACGUGUGAGACCGGCUGGACAACCCGACGGCGUCGGUGUAUGGACGUUGUGACUGGGGAAACAAUGUCGUCCUCUGAAUGUUAUGGACGGGAGGUAGAAUACCAGUCAUGCACUUUGCAGUCUUGCCCGCGUUGGCUAGAAUGGUCUCAAUGGGACAGGUGCAGUACAGACAACACGUGCGGUCAAGGGACAAUGCAGCGAUACAGGAACUGUUCGAACGGUGGCAUUCCCGGCAAGGAUAGAUACUGUCUGGGUUUCACAACAGAAACUGCUCCCUGCAGGGGCAUCAACUGCCGAGGAAUGUUAACAAUAAAUGAUAUUGUGAAUCACGGUGACGGCAGGAUAGAAAUAUUCAAUGACUUUGACGGCAUUGGAAUGUCAAUUUGUGCAGACAGUAACUGGACUUAUUCUGAGAUCGAUGUGGCAUGUAAGCAGAUCGGAUUCCAGGGAGCGUAUAUUGACGCAGUGAAUAACAGCUACAGUGCCUCCUCCCUCCCUUACGGAAGUGACGCGUACGAACUGCACUGCACAGGCCAAGAGAGAUGGAUUCAACAAUGCCCCCGUGAACGUUUGAAGCAGUGCGACAGGCUAGCUGGUAUCCAGUGUAAAGUCCGAGGCGGCUGGAGCCUGUGGAGUGGGUGGGAUGAGUGCUCGGUUACAUGUGAAAAUGGUACGCGUACAAGGACACGUGACUGUAAUCAUCCGCCACCAAAUUACGGCGGGACCGAAUGUCCUGGCGAAGACACACAGUUGAAACCAUGUACAAAAGUCAUGUGUCCAAUCGAUGGAGUUUGGGCCACGUGGUCACCAUGGAGCGAAUGUGACGUCACCUGUGAGAAUGGUACCCGGUUUAGAACAAGGGCUUGCACUGGUCCAUUUUACAAUGGCGCAAAAUGUCCAGGACCAGACAAUGAGGUUGAGGAUUGUUUCCCGAAAAUGUGUCCAGUUGACGGAGUUUGGGAAGACUGGGUGCCAUGGACGGAGUGCUCACAUACGUGUGGUUAUGGCAACAGAAACAGGUCUCGCACCUGUUAUGGUCCGUUUUAUGAAGGGUUAGAUUGUCAAGGAAGUCCUGACGAAAUUGAAACCUGUAAUGCCUUUUCAUGUCCAGUUGACGGAGAUUGGAAGAUGUGGACUAACUGGGGAGAUUGCAGUGUCACUUGUGGAGGAGGACUGCGUAACAGGACCAGAGAAUGUAUCGAACCUGAGUUUGGAGGAGCUUCAUGUGUAGGUCCCGCUGAGGAAGCAGAGCCGUGCAAUGAACACAACUGCCCGAUCGAUGGUGCGUUUUCGGAAUGGGAAUUGUGGAGUGAGUGUUCUGUCACGUGUGCCAAUGGUACCCGGUUCCGAACCCGCGAGUGCUUUGGACCGUUUUUUGGUGGAGCAAAUUGCACGGGACCGUUAAAUGAAGAGGAAGUCUGUAUUACAAAAGAAUGUCCAGUUGACGGAAUUUGGGAUUCGUGGCAACCGUGGCAAGAAUGCAGUGUCACGUGUGGUGGUGGGCGGAAGUUGCGUCAGAGGGUAUGCAUUGGUCCGUAUUUUGGCGGAGCACAAUGUGAGGGACCAGAAGACGACAUUGAGGAUUGUAACACUCACGAGUGUCCGGUUCACGGAGUAUGGAAUCCGUGGACAUUGUGGACCGAUUGUAGCACAACUUGUGAGAACGGGACACGUACCAGAAACCGGACAUGUGACGGACCGUAUUACGACGGGGAUGACUGUGCUGGAGCAGGUCACGAAAUAGAAAAUUGUUUCCUUCGUUGGUGUCCCGUGGACGGUGUCUGGGAAGAAUGGACUGCUUGGGACAAUUGCCCAGUGUCAUGUGGUGGAUCGGUACAAAACCGGACACGUGGUUGUAUCGGACCCUUCCACGAUGGUGCAAAUUGCACUGGGCUGACUGAAGAAUCUCAGGAUUGUAAUACAGAUCCAUGUCCAGUUGAUGGAGCAUGGACGCUUUGGUCGAAAUGGAACGAAUGCAAUGUCACGUGUGGAGGCGGAACUUCAAGUCGUUUCCGGUUUUGUUCUGAGUCUGCGCACGGGGGAUCAAACUGUACAGGACCAUCAGAAGAGUUUAGAGACUGCAACAUUCAUGAAUGUCCAGUUGAUGGUGUGUGGGAGGCUUGGAGCAACUGGACAGAAUGUACUCGCACUUGCGGCACUGGUGAGCGACAGAGAUUUAGGGACUGCGAUGGGCCAUACUACGGUGGUGCAAAUUGUACAGGACCUUGGGAUGAACAAGAGACUUGCAACACACAUGAGUGUCCAGUGGAUGGCGUCUGGAAAGAAUGGGCGUCAUGGAGCGCGUGCAAUGUCACGUGUGGCGGAGGAACGCGCUGGAGGUCACGUGAUUGUGAAGGACCAUUCUACGGCGGGGCUGAAUGUCCGGGACACAAUAUGUCAACUGAAGCUUGCAACACUCAUGAAUGUCCGGUCGAUGGAGUAUGGACCGACUGGACCGGUUGGGAAGAAUGUUCUGUCACGUGCGGCGGUGGAAACCAGUCCCGAUUCAGGAAUUGUACGGGACCGUUUUACGGUGGAGCAAAUUGUACUGGCGCUUUUGACGAAACAAGGGACUGCAACACGUUUGAGUGCCCAAUUGACGGUGUGAUGUCUCAGUGGUCAGGAUUCUACGCUUGUAACGUCACAUGUGGCGGUGGAAUACAGUGGCGUAACCGGACAUGUAUCGGUCCGUUCUAUGGCGGCGCGAACUGUACUGACCCUCUAGAGGACUCGAGAGAUUGUAACAGCCAUAACUGUCCAAUCGAUGGUGUUUAUAAUUUAUGGUCACCUUGGGAAUCAUGUGACGUCACUUGCGGCGGCGGUAUACAGUGGAGAAACCGGACAUGUGAUGGCCCUUACUAUGGCGGGGCCAAAUGCGAAGGACCCGAUAAACAAAAUCAAACGUGCAAUGAUUUCUUCUGUCCUGUGGACGGAGUUUGGGAGCCAUGGACGGACUGGGACGAGUGCAGCGUUACUUGUGGUGGCGCUGUCCAUUCUCGAUACAGGAACUGCACUGGUCCUUUCUACGGAGGGGCAAAUUGCUCAGGCCCUGCAAAGGAGAGCAGGGACUGCAACACGCAUCAUUGCCCGGUCGACGGCGAGUUUAAAACGUGGGGAUCGUGGUACGAGUGUAACGUCACGUGUGGCGGAGGCAGACAGUGGAGAAAUCGGUCAUGUGAAGGUCCGUUCCACGGCGGCGCCGAAUGCGCAGGCCCAUUUAACGACUCCCAAGCUUGUAACGAACAAAACUGUCCGAUUGACGGAGUUUGGGAAGAAUGGCAGGCUUGGCAAGGCUGCAGUGUCACUUGUGGUGGAGGUCAAAGGUUGAGAGAUAGGAUAUGUGAUGGCCCUUACUAUGGUGGUGAGGAAUGUGACGGACCAACACAGGAAUCCGGAGAAUGUGGAACUGCGUAUUGUUUGAUACCUGGAGACUGGUUCCCGUGGUCGGAAUGGACUCUAUGUACGGUUACAUGUAACAGUGGAUCAAGAUAUCGCAAUCGAACUUGCGACUGGGAGUCUUAUGGGGACCUUACCGACGCCUGCCAGGGUCCUAAAGAGGAAGUCGGACACUGCCAUACUUUUCCAUGUGAACCACUAGCUAUACACUGUGCAGACUGGGCUUCGAGAGGUUUGAACCAAAGUUGUAUUGCUGAUGUAGACCCAGACGGGGAAGACAGUGUGUACGGACCUGUGCAAGUAGAAUGUGACUUUGACACAGAACCUGGAAAAGCUGUUACGAUUAUACAUCACGACCAAGAGAAUACAACACAAGUACAAGGUUACGAGGGUGCAGGAAUGUACGAGGCAAUUCUGACAUACACCACCGGGUGGGGUGAAGCUAUUAAAAUAGUCGACGAGUCUAGCGAGUGUGCGCAGUUCAUGCGAUGGGAUUGCAAGGCAGCCAUCAUCCAUAAUCCAUUUGACCCAGAUACCUUGACCACUUUCUGGAAGAACCGAACUGAACAAUCACCUGGUUACUUUGGUGGUGCCACACCCGGAAGUGGUAACUGUGCUUGCGGAGAAACGAAUUCCUGUUUUAAUACAUCUUUACCAUGUAACUGCGAUGUAAAUGACGCUGUUUGGAGAUUUGACGAAGGUUUUGUCACAAAUAAAGCCGAAUUACCAAUUCACUCGUUUUAUGCUGGGGACACAGGUGCCCCCUACGAAGCAGGCAUAAUGACUUUGGGACCCUUGCUAUGCCACUAGGUUACCCUCGGGAGUAUAUCACAUCAUUUUAUGACAUCUAUCUUCUUCAUAAUAUGGAUCUCUAUUUCUAGUUAUACCACAACUUGUAUGCAUGGUGCGUUUGCAUGUUUCUAUGUGUAUAUGUGUAUGUAUUUUGCACAUUUAGCAACGCUCAAAACAACAUAAAUCUAUAACUAUCUCUGCGAGUUGUCACAAGGCAGCUACAUUGAAAGGAAGGCUAAGCAAAAGCUUGGCAGGUUAGGAGCUAGAACAGGAGCUACAAAAUAAGUUCUUUUCAGGUAAAGUAAGUCACGAGGAAGGAUGGAUCACUCUCGGUCCUGUUUUAUGUGAAGGCUUUGAUAAAAGCAAUUGAACAAACAAACAUAAAAACAACAAAACCUGUUAACGGUAAUCCAGUACUAUAGUUACCAGGUGAUUGAUAACACCAUUAUGUUUGAAGUUAACUUAAAAAGGCAUUGCGUAACAAAUGAAUGUCUUUAUAAAAACGAAACAGAAACUCACUUCCGGUUAAAUGUUUUGGAUUAAAAUAUGAAAUUGCACGUAGGAUUUUAGAAACCAUUUUUACACACCUUUCGUACAUUUUGAUAGGAAGGAAAGAUUAAGCCUGAAAGAUAUAUUUGACAGACCAAAUUGUUCGUUUAAACAUUAAGAGAAAGUACUAACGUUUUUGUUAAAUUCACUGCAUGCACAAUUUCUUCCCUAAUAUUUCCCCUUACAAAAUGGAAAUCUGAAAGUACAUGCUAGCGAGGUUUAUGAUGUGCGUUUUCUAUGGACAUUGCUGUGUCCGUAUGUAACACAUUUCUUGCAUCUGAUUGGACCGCAAAGCAAGCUGGAACACUAUAUUUUGGACAUUUGCGCAUUUUUGGCUGCCGCGCUUGAAAUUUUUCUGUGACAUUUUAGCUGCUGUUUAGUUAUUUUUUAUCACGUACUUGACGACAGCGAUUUAUCCCUCAUAAUUCGGACUCAAAAUGGAAGAAAAAUCACAGGAUAUAUGACGUCAUCAUCGAUGGACAUUUGUAAAAAAGUCAUCUAAUUUUCUUGGACAUGGACAAUUUACUUACACAGACAGGAUUGAAUUAUAGAUGUUCAAAUAUGAAAAAAAAACUGUUUUUGUUAUUUCAAAUUUUAUUCAUUAACUUGUUUAUUAUUUCAAAUAUUUUAUCAUAUUGUUGAAAAUAGUUGUUUUUGAUUUGUAAUUGAUUCAACUAUUAAUCGUUAACGUUAUAUAUAUAUAUUUGUUGCCUUGUUUGUUAUUAAAUUUGUAAUAGAACUUCUCUGAAAAUAAAAUGUUGUAGGAAUAGAGCUCUGCUGAUAAUACACCUCUUAUUUGUAUAUGAAUGAAAAUAUUCUGUAAAAAUUAGUCUUGUUUAGGUUUGGAAUCUUUUUCGGACAAAAUUAAAUUGAAACAAUUCCAAGCAGCUUGUAAUAGAUAAAAUAAAGCAGUCUUUUUACUAUGAUUUUACUGUUUGCGCUGACGGAAGUAAGCUGUAGUAACCCAACAUGAUAAAGACCAGUUAAGGACAGAAAUAUCUGCUGCAACAUGAUUUUGGAUAAACAAAUAUCUGCAGACAAAAAUAGACGCUUUUUAUCAAUAUCUUAAUAAGUAGCACCAAAAUGUUCAAAAUAAUGAUGUGGCCACCUGUGGUAACUGAAAACUGAUUUUACAGGAGGGAGAAUAAUUAAUAUGUCCAGUCUAUUUCCGCUAUAAUAAUUAAAGCACUACUUGAAAUAUUAGAUCCUAAAUC